CUAAGAAUAAGAAAAACCCAACAAAAAAGACAUAUUUUUCCCUCGUCACAAAACUCCUGUUGCCUGCCGUUGAAAACGCGCUUAUUGAGUCGUUCUGUUUUUCUCUUUGAAUCUUUUCCUUUCAUGGGUUUUUCUUCGUCAUCUCAGUAACACCCAUUAGAAGAAAAAACAUAAAGAGCCUAAAAAACGCGUUGAAACGGAUUCAAAUCUUGGCGGUGGAGAUGGGUUUGAGGCGGGGCCCAGCGGCGGUUGUUCUGGCGGUGGUUCUUUUGGUGGCUUGCGGUGGUGUUGGUGUUUCUGGGAACUAUGUGUUUAAUGUUGAGAGUAAAUUUAAGUUGGGUGGGAAAGAGAGGAGUUUGAGUGCCCUUAAGAAGCAUGAUUCUCUUCGCCAUGGAAGAUUUUUGGCAUCCGUUGAUCUUCCUUUGGGGGGCAAUGGCCACCCUUCUGAAACGGGGCUUUAUUUUACUAAAAUUGGGCUGGGAACUCCAUCGAGGGAAUUUUACGUGCAAGUUGAUACAGGAAGUGACCUUUUGUGGGUGAAUUGUGUUGGCUGCAGCAGGUGCCCUAGAAAAAGUGACCUCGGUAUAAAACUGACUCUAUUUGAUCCAGAGAAAUCUAAAACUUUUGGUGAGGUUGACUGUGAUGAUAAUUUUUGUGUUGAGCAAUACAAUGGUCAACUGUCUGGUUGCAAGCCUGGGGUGCAGUGCCAAUAUAGUGUUACUUACGGAGAUGGAAGUGCAACUACUGGAGCCUUUGUGAAGGAUGUUGUAUCGCUGCAACAAGCAAGUGGAAACUUCAAAACGUCAUCAUUAAAUGCGAGUAUAAUAUUUGGCUGCGGUGCUAGACAAACUGGGGACCUAGGUUCAUCUUCUGAAGCAGCUGUAGAUGGGAUACUUGGAUUUGGACAAGCAAAUUCAUCCCUGUUUUCACAGCUGGCUGCUGCUGGAAAGGUCAGAAAGGAGUUUGCACACUGCUUGGAUGUUGUAAAAGGAGGUGGAAUCUUUGCCAUUGGAGAUGUCGUGCAACCAGUUGUUAAAACAACUCCAUUAGUACCAAAUAUGCCACAUUACAAUGUUAAACUGAAGGCAAUUGAGGUGGGUGGUGAUACGUUAGAUGUGCCAUCAGAUGUGUUUGACACUGGAAGUCAGAGAGGAACAAUAAUAGACAGUGGUACAACUUUAGCGUAUCUUCCAGCAGAGGUCUAUCAACCAAUGAUGGAUAAGAUUUUUGCUGAGCAGCGUGGAUUGAAAAUACACACUGUUGAGGAUCAGUUUUCUUGUUUUGAGUUCUCCCAAAGCGUUGAUGAUGCAUUUCCCCCUGUUGUUUUCCAUUUUGAUGGUUCUCUUACUUUGACAGCUUACCCUCAUGAUUAUUUCUUCCAAAUUCGUGAAAAUAUAUGGUGUGUUGGUUGGCAGAACGGCGGUCUUCAAAGUCGUGAUGGAACGGAGCUGAUUUUAUUGGGAGAUUUGGUGCUUUCUGGUAAACUUGUUAUAUAUGACGUAGCAAAUCUGACCAUCGGAUGGACUGAGUACAAUUGCUCAUCGAGCAUCAAAGUGAAGGAUGGAUCUGGUGCAGUAUACUCUAUCGGCUCUCACAAUAUUUCUUCUGCUCUAGGUUUGAAAGUUGGAAAAAUUUUAACGUUAUUGACAACUUUAUUUGCUAUGCUGCACAUUUUCUGUGUACAUUAGCUUUUGCAUCGAAGUGGUAUAGAUUGAGCAGUACUAUGUACAUCCAGUUUUGAGUAUCCAAUUGGAAACUCCGAUGACGUGUCAUUAUGUAAUUGAAUAUUAUUUUAUCUUUAAUUCAUAAUCAUCCAAUCACAUGACGCAUCAUCACUCAAAACAGGAUGUACAUAGUUCGAUUGUUUUCUGAUUUUUUGUACCAUAGUUGAAAAGAAAAAACCUGGAACUGUGAUUGAUAUAAUUUAUUCAUGAACACAAUCCAUGAAUUGCUUUUUUUUUUAGUUUGCAUUGUUUCUAUUAACUCUGGCCAAUAAAGUGUUUCAUUUUGGAUUUAUGCUUUUA